CGAAGUGCGCAUGCCAGAAGGCGGAAAUUUUGAACAAUUUUUGUUUUGUUUUGAGGGCUGAUUAAUCUUCUUCUUUAAAAUGAGUGAGGAGAAUGAAUGGGAACUAAGUAAGGAAAAUGUGCAACCAAUCCGCCAAGGAAGACACUUUUCAAAUCUUUCAGCAUCCUUGCAAUCAUCAGAAGACCAACUGGCUCAGAUAAGAAAAGAGAAACAACAAUUUGAAGAUGAACUUAGAACAUACAGUGGAGAAGAUCCCUUGGAAGUUUGGUAUAGGUAUUUGGUCUGGACUGAACAGAACUGUGUUAAAGGUGGAAAAGAAAACAACCUUGAAAAGUUAUUAGAGAAUUAUCUGAAACAGUUUACAGAAGAGAAAAGAUACCAUAAUGACCCUCGAUAUGUGUCAGCAUGGAUUAGAUACGCAAAUAUGUGUAAAGAUCCUUCCGACAUAUUUAAUUAUAUGUUUGAUCAAAAGAUUGGAAAUGAACUUAGCUGUUUUUAUGAAUCAUGGGCUUGGAUACUGGAACAGAUGGGAAAUACUAAGAAGGCCAAUCUAAUUUACCAGGAGGGAAUCAAAAGAAGAUCAGAACCUAUGGACCUUCUUGAAAGGAAAUACAACAACUUUCAAAUGAGGGUAGCAAGAGGCCUAGCAGGUAAAAUAAUGGAUGACGCACCAGAAGAAUCAGUGGAAAAAAGGGCAGCACUUGGGCAGCUCAAAACAAUGAGUAGAAAAGUUCCAGUUAAUAGAGCAGAUAACACAGCAUUAAAACCCAGAGGUCUUGGUCUGCAGUCGAUUAAACCUGCACAGGUUGGACAAUCAUUUCAAAUAUUUAAUGAUGAGAAUCAAGACCCAUCAUUGCCAGGGCAACAAGGGGAUUGGUCUGAUGUUCCUACUAAAGCUGCUGUUAAUAAAGAAAAUGAAAGAAAAGCUGGAGUAUGGUCAAAAGCUAAGAUACCAUGUAAAACAGUGGCACCGCCCCCAACACCAUCCUUCACACCAUUUAUUGACGAGACUGCUGAUCAACCAAUGGCAACACCAAGGAAGUUACCUGAAGUUGGAAAUCAGGUUUUGAGUGCUCGUAAACCUCUAAAACAUACUGACAAUUUACACAAUCUAAGACAUGAGACAAAUGAUCCUACUCAGCGAUCUAUGUAUUGUAAAGAUAAGGUAUAUUGUGGAGCUGAAGAGUAUUCAUUGGAAGAAAUAAGAGCUGCUAAAUGGUUCUCCAAAAAGAAGAAAGAAGAAGACAAAAGAAGAUUAGAGGAAGAACAACAAUUGAUUGAUGAACAGAGGGAGCAGUUAAGACGUAACCAACUGAUGCUACAACAGGAGGCAGAACAGUUUAGAAUGCGUCAACAAACCUUACAACAGGAACAUCAGGCUAUACUAGAACAAUGUAAAUCAGAAAUACAAAGACAACAGGAGGAAUUCAAAAGAGAAAGAGAAAUGAUGAUUCAACAACAGAAGGAAAUACUUGAAAAAGAAAUAGAAGAAAGAAUGAAUGCUGGUUUAGCAGCAGCUGGUGGUAGUGGAAAUAGGGAGAAAAGCAGCUCAAAACAGUUAAACUUUGUUGAAAUGAAUGAAUCUUCAUCAAGACCAACACAGAACAGCAUAUUACAGACACAGAGUCCCCUUGAAACAUUGUCCAAGAAGCCACUAACUUCUCUGAGCGAUAUGACUGAUACUAAAGUUUCUCCUUCUGUCUCUUAUGGUUACCAGGAGAAUUCUUUAGAAAGGCCAUCUCAACAGUGUACAGUACCAAGUAUUUCAUUUCAGUCAGAAAAACCAAGCUUACCUAAUGUUUUCCAGCCAAGAGCUAAGCAAGAUUGUUCUUCAGUGAAACCAGCUGAGGAGGUCCAUCCAGCACAGGGUCAUCUUAGCUUCUCAGAAGUUCAAAAUAACAGUCACAGAACACCUAUAAACAAAUCAAUGGCUAUGAGUUCUGCAGGAGGUAGAAAUAGUGGUGGCAGACAGAGCAUGUCUGAACCUUCCCCUACAGUUAACACAAAAGAAGCCAUGCAGUUAGUGAUGGGAAUGUUUAAUGCAUCACUAGCUAUCGAUGCAAAUCUUGGAUGGGAAGACGACGAUGAUGACAAUAUGGUCACAGCACCUCCAGUAUCACAGGCUCCAGUUUCCAAUGCUCCAUUUACAAUAUUUACUGAUGACCAAAUGGAUACUGGUGAAAGGAAUGAAAAUGCUGUAAAUAGGUUAUCAAAUAAAUCAACCGACUUUAUUGGUCAAAGGAAGAAAGGUUUAAACAGAGGUGGACAACAGUCAGUUUGUAAAGACAACUUUGAGACAAUGGAGUAUGAAGGUAAAAUGGAAGCAAUUGAGUCCCAGGCCCGGGAUGACAUAACCAUAUGUCCUAUUGGAACAAACCAAAGCUUUGCUGCUGCAGCUAGGGUAGCAUCUACACCAUUCAACAGGGACAAAACAUUAGAUUCUCUCAGUGAUGUAUCUCGUAUCUCUGCUCAUUCUGAUGCUAAAACUUCACUACAGAUUUACACAGACAGUCAUCUUCAUACAUCAAAAGAAGAAAUCAAGGAUCUUAGCCCCAUUAUGGAAGGCAGUAAUGAAGAAUCAUCUGGAAAUCAUGGACAGUCAACUGUAAAUAGUGUUUUCAUCAAAUCACACACUUCUCAUGUUGCCAUGGAUACAGACUUUUGUGACCUACCAAAAUUUGAAGAUUUAAACCAGUCAACACAUGUGAUAGAUAUUACAAAAUAUACUCCAUCACCUUCAAUUCACCUUCAGAUUAAACCUAGGAAUCCAUUUGAUGAAAAUGACAUUGAUAAAUUUUUGCACACAUCAUCACCACCUUUGGAAUCGAAGUCUAAUUAUUAUGAAAGGGAUGAACUCUUGCCAGAAAUCAGGGUUGCUAAUAUGAUUGAUUUAGGACAGGAUACCUUUAUUGCUGAAGAAUUGGUUGGGAAAGGUGGAUAUGCUAAAGUAUACAAAAUCUCGAGUUAUGAUUAUCUUAAUGAGUAUGGUGAAGAUAGUCCAGAAACAUUGGCUUUAAAGGUUCAGUCCCCACCUUGUCCUUGGGAGUUUUAUAUCUGUAAUGAACUACAGAACAGAUUAACACAGAUAAAUAAUCCUGUUGAUAUUACACCUGCUAUGAUGAAUGCUAGGAAGGGAUACUUCUUCAACAACUGUAGCUGUAUUCUGACAGAUUACCAUGCACAAGGAACACUUUUGGAUCUUGUUAACAAAUUGACCAAGUCCAACAGCACUGUUGGUGAAGCAUUAGCUAUGUAUGUUACCAUAGAGAUGUUAUAUAUGAUAGAAUACCUACACAAGUGUCAGAUUAUCCAUGGUGAUGUGAAGCCAGAUAACUUCUUGUUAAUUGAUAUACCUAAACUGAAAAGCAGUACUGAUCCAACUGUUGUUUUUGGUGGAGCUAGUCGUUGUAUGCAGCUGAUAGACUUUGGACAAAGUAUUGACAUGUCUAAAUACCCAAAAGGUACAACAUUCAUGGCUAAAGUAAAGACAUCUGGUUUCCAGUGCAUAGAAAUGCAGACAGACCGGCCAUGGACAUACCAGACUGACUUAUUUGGUUUAGUUGGUACAAUUCAUGUAUUAGUGUUUAGGAAAUAUAUGCAGGUUUAUCAAAGCUAUGGAGAAUGGAAAAUAACAUCUAGUCUUGUCAGAUCAUGGAAUGUGCCAUUGUGGAAGAAGUUAUUCCAUGAAUGUCUGAACAUUCCUAGCUGUGAAGAGAUUCCAGACAUUUCAGUAAUCAGAAAGGAGUUUGAGGAAUACUUUUGCAAUAACUUAUUAGACAAAUAUAAUAGUAUACAAAAUGCUCUCUCUUUACAGUUGUUGUAGUAGAAUGUGUAUAAAUGUAGUACACAACCAAUUAACUGUAUGUUCAUGUCUAAGUCAAAUCAACUUUUUUCAUGUGCAAUCUAUUAUCAAGUUAGUCAGAGAAACUAAAAUAUAUUUUUGAAUGAAAUUGUGACUGCUUACUUGCACCAGCAUAGAUUUUACUGACAGUAUAAACAUUUUUUUUUAAAUUUAUUUUGCACCUAUUUUCUAUGAAAGUAAGGCAGACUUUUUUUUUAAUAAUCAUUGUUCUGUAUCGAUUCUUUUCAAUUAAAGAUUGCGUCUCAUUAUUGGCUUAUUUGCAAGACACUGGGAGGAAUUAGCAUAUACCCAUUCUGUGUUCAAUAUGUCAUCUUUGCCUUAACGUGUUCAAACUUUAAUAUGUAAUAAAAUGUAAUAUUAUACUUUGUGUGCAUAUUUUAUUAUCGCUAAUGUGUAAAAUUUAUCUGUAGAUAUUUCUAUUAUGUAAAAUAUUUAUACAUAUGUAUAUGUUUUGUUUGAGAGAGAGUGCUUUAUUUUCUGACACUAUAUUCUUCACUGGCUCUUUUUAGUCCCCUACCGAUGCAAAUCAGUUUCCCACAAUUUUUUUCUUCAUGAUUGAGGAUAUUGAUUUGAAGUUUGAUACCCCAGAUAUAGUUUUUCUUAAACAGUUACAUAUUAAGUUUGUAUAAUGCUGUGAUCUGAUGAUUUUGUGUAUAGUAAUGGUCCUUUGACAUUGAAAAAUUCAUUCAAGUAAUCAGUUUUCCACACUUUUUUUUGUAAUGCUUGAAGAUAUUAAUUUGACAUUUGUUUAAAAUAUCGUUCAGCUAUGACAAGUUCAAUUUUGAAUUUUGUUCCAUUCAGUAAAUUUUUUGGGAAAGUGAAGGUCCUUGAACUCGGAAAGUACAUGAAAGUAAUCCUUUUUUGGCAUUUUGUUCCAAUGCAAUCAAUUUUAAAUAGGAUGGGGACUAUGUAAUGCCAUGCAAUAUUCUCAAAGUGCUUAUUAUGUUACUAGUAGAAGAUAUAACGAAUAUAGUUCUGAAAUUAAGGUGAUGAUUGAAUACCAAUAUUAUGUACAAUGUAUAUAAUUUACAUAAAUAUCUUUUCAGUAGAAAUUUCCU